GCCAUUCUAAUCCCUAAUUGAACAUCACAUCACUUGACAAGAGGCCGAUCCGAUCCCUUUCCAUGUGCGGACCAAAGUGACUUUCCUAUGCCAUGACCAUGACUCAAAUUCACAAUGAAAGGAGAAUCGGGGACUUUCUUCUUGCGAUGCGAUGUGCCAUAUGCGAUAUGCCAUAUGCCAAGCUUCAUCAUGCCCCUCUAUUCUCCAGUAAGUACAUCCAUCACAGACUCGCAGUAAAGAGGUCUCAGGUAAGAAGAGCGAAGACUUAAUCAUCUGUCAUGCGAUUCGGAGACUGGAGGAAAUGGUAAUGUGCGCGCGAGAUACACACCACGUCGAUUAUUCUUUUACCUUUCCGGCUCUUCCAUCUCUAUCAGGAUUUUUUCUUGAAUUGUGUAUCUAGUCGGCAUCGGAUUAUUACCAAGCGAUUGUUUCAAAGAUAUAGAUAUUGUAAAGCUUUUUUUUUUUCUCUCGAUUUUCUUUCCACAAUCAUAUUAUCUCCUUCCAUUGAUUUUCUAUCAAUCGCCUUAUUUUGCACCUGCAUCCUGCAUAGCGCUGGCAUUUGCCUCUUCGGCCUCAAUCCAUUUCCUUCUUCGGGCAGCAUAGCCAUUUGAGCCAUUUGGGAACAGUCUUGCCGCAGGUUCGCUGUCAUUGAUUCUCUUAUUUUGGGACACCGGUGAAUCUUGUCUCUUGCGCCUUUCAACACAAGCUAGAUCUUCGAAUCCAAAUUCCAAUAACCUUCUCUCGUCCUGGAACACGCCUUCUCUCUCUCAUAGCUUGUCGAGAUGGUGAGAAUAGCAUCCACGACUACCUCCCCUUCCAUGACGAUGUCCCUUCCCUCAGAUCCAACACAUGCAGCUCAGGAUUCAUUAGAUGAACAAUCAAGGGAAAAUGGCUUCGAUAACUCCACAUCAAAACAAACCACCAUAUCUCCCAAUCGCCCUAAGCAUUCACAAUCUCUGAAAAAGGCGUUGGAAAAGGUUGCUAGAAAUCAGCGGGAGUCUUCGGAGGUAUCAGAAAGCGAUAGCUUGGAAGAUUAUGAUACUUUAAAACCAGAUCCAAUGGCCAUAAUUACAAGGGGGAAGGGUGGAAGCCUCGAUACCGAUAUGGAGUCGCCUCAAAUACCACAGACGGUAUAUGCAGAGCUAAAAGUUCAGUCUCCGCAAUCACGGCACGGCACGAGAAGGCGCAAAAGUAUUCCGGUGACUCUCAACAAGCUUCAGAAAAAUGGACAAGGAAUCUAUACUUUUGAAGCAGAUGACGACGAGCUACGGGAUCUUCUAAAAGGCACUGUUGCGCAUUAUGCACAAGAUAUUGCGUCGGGAGAACCAAAGAAACGAACAAAAUUCAGUGACUUGGUUUUUACUAAGAAGUUUACUGCCUUCGACCGACACAACAAUAUAAUUGCCGAUUCACCUUUCCAUGGUUUCUUUACGUUGGGCUGGCUAGCGUUCGUCGUUUUCGUACUCCAACUUGCCUUUGCGAAUUGGCGAGUGUAUGGAAAUAUACUUGGUACCAAUGAAAUUAUGGAAAUGAUGUUCCACCGAGAUGUUAUAGUUCUUGGUCUGUCUGAUGGUGUAAUGUGUUUCUCUACAGGUUUUGGGCUUGUUUUACAGAAAUUAAUACACCGAGGAUAUAUUGACUGGAAUAGAGAAGGCUGGAUCAUUCAGAGUGCUUGGGAACUAUUAUAUCUCUCAGCAGUAAUAAGUUGGACACUAUUUCGCGAGUGGCCAUGGACACACACAGUCUUUUUUGUCCUUCAUGGAAUUGUCAUGUUGAUGAAACAACACUCUUACGCUUUUUAUAAUGGCCAUUUAUCAGAACAGUAUAAGACUCGUUCUAAACUUCAGCGUAAGCUGAAACAGCUUGAUGAUAUUUCGCCAAUACAGACACCUUCCGCUACAACGCCAGCCGCUUCUUCAUUGUCUACUUCGUAUCUAGAUGCUAGACCUACGUCCAAUGACAUCUAUCAGAGGGUUUCCGAUCGAAGACGUUCUAUUGUCGAAUCGGCUACUGACCAAGUAGCUGCUGCAAUUGAUUCUGGUGAGCCUCUUGAUGUUGAUCAAGUCCAGACAUUUGCGCGAAUUCUUAAAUGGGAAAUCGAUUUCUUGGGUAAAGAGCUCGAAGGAAAAUGUACGACAACCAAGAAUCAGUACCCGAACAAUCUCAGUUUGUUCAAUCAUUACGAAUACAUCGUUCUUCCAACUUUGGUUUAUGAAUUAGAAUACCCGCGAUCCGAUGAUAUCGAUUGGUAUAAUGUAGCCGAAAAAAGCAUUGCGACGGCUGGUCUCUUGAUCGUCAUGAACCUUAUCUCACAAACUUAUAUUUAUCCUAUCGUAGUUAAAACGAUCGAGAUGAAAGAGUCAAACCUAACGUCUAUCGAGCGCCUCCGUUAUUUUCCGGGUAUCGUCAGCGAUUUAGCCUUCCCAUUUCUAGCUGAAUAUAUCUUGACAUGGUAUGUGAUUUGGGAAUGUAUUCUCAAUCUCCUUGCCGAAUUAACCUGUUACGCCGAUCGAGGCUUUUACGAAGCUUGGUGGAAUUCGGUAUCUUGGGAUCAAUUCGCACGCGAUUGGAAUCGACCGGUUCAUAAUUUCCUCCUGCGACACGUUUACCAUUCAUCGAUUUCGAGUCUGAGAGUCGAUAAAAAGACGGCGACGCUUAUUACUUUCUUCCUAAGCGCGUGUGUACAUGAGCUGGUUAUGUGGUGUAUCUUUAAAAAAUUGAGAGGAUAUCUACUGGUCUUGCAGAUGUGUCAGAUUCCGUUGACAAUUAUGAGUCAGACGAAGUGGAUGAAGGGGAAAAAGACGUUGGGGAAUGUUCUUUUUUGGAUAGGCAUUUUCACAGGACCGAGUCUUUUGUGUAGUCUAUAUUUGGUUAUUUAGAUGAUUUGAUGCUUGGGUUUUUGUAGAUUAUGGGGAUUUGGCAUAAGGUAUCUGGAAUUUGGUAUUUGGUAUUCGGGGUAUGGAUUGAUGGUUAGUGUUUCUCUCGCUUCUUUGAUACCAUUUAUGGCUUGGAGAUUUGGUUUUGGGGUUGGCAUUGGAUUAUGAUUGUGACUAUAGUUAUGAUGGCGAUGUAUAUAAUAUGAUAUUUAGAACCUUUGUUUAGCAUAAGUGCACUUGGUAGAUAUUGAGUGGUUAGGAAUUAGAAUGUAAUAAGUCCACGAAUCAACCUGGGAUCUUUGGGUUGUUUUGAUCAUUCAUCUAUUUAAAUGUGCAGAGAAGAAGCGGAGCUUCAAUAGUAAUAAAUACUCAUCGCUA